UAAAAGAAUUCAUAGAAUAAUCUUGCAGUCAAUAUGUUUAAGUUGUUGAGGGAACUUCAAUCAUUUGUCUCCACUCUUGCUAUCAUUGUGUGUGUGUGCAUGUCUUUGUUGAAUAAAGCUUCCCAAAAAACAACCUUGGUCGCCGCCACCAUCAACACCACUACCAUCACUACCACCACACUUGGUGGAAAUGAUACUGAUUACUUAGCCUUGCUUUCCAUUAAAGCUCAAAUAACUAAUGAUCCAAUGCUAGUCACAAGCUCAUGGAAUGAUUCUCUCCAUUUCUGCCUGUGGGAAGGUGUUUUAUGUGGGCGUCGCCAUCAAAGGGUCACUGGCUUGAGUUUAGAGUCACGCAAUUUAGAAGGUUCUCUAUCUCCUUCCAUUGGAAACCUUAGUUUUCUCAAAAUUGUUGAUCUCUCAAACAACAACUUUCAAGGUGAAAUUCCUCAUGAAAUGGGCAGGGUAUUCAGGCUUCAAGUUCUAAACUUGACCCAUAACUUGUUGGAAGGACAAAUUCCAGCAAACCUCUCAAGCUGCAACAACUUGAGGACGCUUAGUUUAGGCAACAACAAGUUCAUAGGAAAUCUUCCUAUUGAGCUUGGUUCAUUGAACAAAUUGGAGCAACUUUAUAUGAACUCCAACAAUUUGAGUGGAGCAAUCCCACCUUCUUUUGGGAACCUUUCCUCUCUCAAACUUUUCUCCGUAUUAGACAACAUGUUGGAGGGAAGUAUUCCAGACUCACUAGGCAGCCUGAAAAGCUUGACAUAUCUUUCAUUCUCCUCAAAUAAAAUAUCAGGUAUGAUUCCUUCAUCUAUCUAUAAUAUCUCAUCAUUGACUACUUUGGGGGCAGCAGGAAAUCUACUUGAAGGAAGUCUUCCUCAAAAUUUAGGCCUCACUUUGCCCAAUAUUAAACGGCUUAUUAUUUGGGAAAACCAACUCAGUGGAUCAAUUCCGCUUUCACUGUCAAAUGCUUCAAAACUAGAAUUCCUUGACUUAUCGAAUAACAAAUUUUCUCCUGGAGUGGCUGUUAAUUUUGGAAAUUUAAAGAAUUUCUUGUGGCUAGGUUUAUUUGAGGAUGGUUUGGGAACUGGGGAUGCUAAUGACCUUAAUUUCAUCUCGACUUUGGUCAACUGUAGCAAAUUGAGGCUGUUGAGUUUAGACUCCAAUAAUUUUGGAGGUGUUUUGCCCAAUUCUUUAGUGAACCUCUCAACCCAACUUCAGAGUUUAUCAAUUGCAGGAAACCAGAUAUCUGGAAACAUUCCAGUAGACUUUGGAAAUCUUGUGAGCUUAAAUGCUGUAGAUAUGAGCUAUAAUCGAUUGACUGGAACUAUUCCAACCUCUAUCGGUAAACUUCAUAAGAUUCAAGAACUGGGUUUUGGUAAAAACAAAUUGUCUGGGGAAAUACCUUCCUCCAUUGGAAACUGGACAUUGUUGAACCAACUUUGGUUAGAAGAAAAUGAUUUUCAGGGAAACAUACCAUCAAGUCUUGGAAAUUGCCGAGGUUUGAUACUACUAAAUCUUUAUGGUAACAAUUUGUCUGGUAGCAUACCUCAAGAAGUAGUUGGUCUCUCAUCUUUAUCAAAAGCUCUAGACUUGUCUCGAAACUCUCUAACCGGUCAUAUUCCUUUGGAAAUCGGUAGCUUGAAAACUCUUGUUGAACUAAAUCUUUCUUAUAACAAGUUAUCUGGUAAAAUUCCUAGCAGCCUUGGUAGUUGUGAGACUUUAGAAUACCUUUUUUUGGACAACAAUUCAUUAGAAGGAGCCAUUCCACAAUCUUUGAGUUCUCUAAAGGGCAUUGAAGAAUUAGGUCUCUCACACAAUAACCUCUCGGGUGAAAUUCCAAUAUUUUUUGAAAGCUUUCCCUUUUUAAAGAAUUUGAACCUAUCUUUCAAUGAUCUCGAGGGAGAGGUACCAAUAGGGGGAGUGUUCCAAAAUGCAACUGCAAUUUCAGUUUUGGGAAAUAAAAAGCUCUGUGGGGGUAUACCUAAACUACAAUUGCCGGCAUGUGCUUCAAAAAAAGCAACAAAGUUAAUUAUUCUUAUAGUUUGUGGGGUUUUGGGUACUAUUUUGGCAUCAUCUAUUUUAAUCCUCUGUUGUCUUAGAAGGGUGAGAAAACAAUCUUUUGUGCCAUCUUCUUUGCUGGAUUCAUCUAGGAAUAUCUCAUACGGAAAGCUAUUCAAAGCAACAAAUGGGUUCUCUUCAGACAACUUGAUUGGUACAGGAAGCUUUGGUUCAGUAUACAAAGGAAUUCUUCAUCCAAAUGAAAAGACUAUUGCAGUGAAGGUACUUGACCAACAAAAUAGAGCUUCAAGAAGUUUUACGGCAGAAUGCAAAGCUUUGAGAAACAUCAGGCAUCGAAACCUUGUGAAAAUUAUAAGUGCUUGUGCAAGUAUUGAUUUCCAAGGUAACGAUUUUAGAGCCCUAAUUUAUGAAUUCAUGGAAAAUGGGAGUCUUGAAAGUUGGUUGCAUCCAGUUUCACAAAUAGAUGUUACUGCUGCCCAUGAGCAACCAAAAAGCUUAAACCUUCUUCAGCGAUUAGGCAUAGCAAUUGAUGUGGCUUCUGCUUUGGAUUAUCUUCACAACCAUUGCCACAUUCCAGUCAUACAUUGUGAUAUAAAGCCAGACAACAUUCUCCUCGACAGUGACAUGACUGCCCAUGUCGGUGAUUUUGGUUUAGCAAGGCUCUUACAACAUCACAACAAUGAAGUUUCUAAUUGCCAAACUAGCUCUGUUGGUAUAAAAGGAACCAUUGGAUAUGCAGCGCCAGAAUAUGGUAUGGGAAGUGUGGUGUCCACUAGUGGUGAUGUAUAUAGCUAUGGAAUCCUCUUGUUAGAAUUGUUCACAGGAAAAAGGCCUACCGAUGGCAUAUUUAAAGAUGGCCUAAACCUUCACAAAUUAGCUAAGAUAGCUCUGCCCGAAAGAGUGAUGGAGAAUGUUGAUCUGAAACUUGUAUCAACUAUAGAAAAGGAGGAAACAACUAGCAUAAAUUCCAGGACACAAAUGGGAAGGGGAAAAUCCCAUGAGUGCUUAACUUUGAUGCUCAAGAUUGGAGUUGCGUGCUCUGAGGAAUCCCCACGAGAACGAAUAACCAUUGUUGAUGCGAUUAAGGGACUGCAUUUAGCUAAAGACAUGCUACUUGGGAGAAGGAUUUCAAGCAAUGUGCAAACUGCUUCAAGGGGUAAUUAAGGUACUCUGUUUUGGUGUUGGCCUUUAGUUUAAAUUUUGGUUUUGAGUUAUGUUACAUGCUUAUAAAUAAAAUGCUGAAAAUUACACAAGAAGAGAGAAGAGAUGGGGACCAAAUGUUGGGCAUCCCCUCUUCUUUCUCUUAUGUGAAAUUUCGUAUGUUUUAAUAUAUUAUUUUGGUUUUGCUUUUGAUUACUAUCACCAUCUAGAACAAUUUUGAGUC